ACCACUGACGUCAUUACAGCGGCUACGGACGGUUCCGACUGGAAAUCCUUCAGUUGCGCUCGGAGCAGCAGGCUGUGCGCAGCCAGAGCCACGUGAGGCGCUUCCCGGCAAGGCGCACGGAAACGGACUGAUGCUGAAACGGACUACGACCAGCGGUGUGCCUGGAGCCUAAUCCUCUAUGAGGAAAGUGGAGACAGUUGACUUUUCCCCCUGAUGUCCGCCUGACUGGACCCCUAACCGGGUUUAAAAUGAACCAGGAACUUGAGACCAACUCCACGCUGCUCUAUGACAACUGGACGUUCUACAACUCCUCUGUGGAGUUGGUUGUACCAAGGAACAUCACCACCUACGUUGGAUUUUACCUGCAUCAGCCCACCACGGCGGCCAUCUUCAUCGUCUCCUACCUGCUGAUCUUUCUGGUGUGCAUGGUGGGAAAUGGGGUGGUGUGCUUCAUCGUGCUGAGGAGUAAAAACAUGCGAACAGUCACUAACUUGUUCAUCCUGAACCUGGCUGUAAGCGACCUGCUGGUGGGGAUUUUCUGCAUGCCCACCACACUCCUGGACAACAUCAUCACAGGAUGGCCGUUUGGAAGCCUGGUCUGCAAAAUGAGCGGCAUGGUUCAAGGGAUUUCGGUUUCGGCGUCCGUCUUCACUCUGGUGGCCAUUGCUGUCGACAGGUUCAGAUGCAUCGUCUACCCCUUCAAGCAGAAGCUGACCAUCUCCACGGCAACGCUGAUCAUAGUGGUCAUCUGGGUUCUGGCUGUCUCCAUCAUGUGUCCCUCUGGAGUGAUGCUGCAGGUGACCAAGGAGCACAGCAUCCGGGUUUUACUGGGAUACGACAACAAAACCAGUUCUUUUUACUGGUGCCGGGAGAACUGGCCAAACCAGGACAUGAGGAAGAUCUACACCACCGUCCUGUUUGCAAACAUCUACCUGGCCCCCCUCUCCCUCAUCGUCAUCAUGUACGCCCGGAUUGGCAUCACGCUUUUUAAAACCACCGUUCCGACGGGGGGAAAGCCGGGUCCUGACAACCGCCACAGCGUGUCGAAGAAGAAGCAGAGGGUGAUAAAAAUGCUGCUGGUCGUUGCCCUGCUCUUCGUCCUGUCCUGGCUGCCUCUGUGGACCCUCAUGAUGCUGAGCGACUACGCCCACCUGACCGAGCAGCAGCAGAGGAUCAUCAACAUCUACAUCUACCCCUUUGCCCACUGGCUCGCCUUCUUCAACAGCAGCAUCAACCCCAUCAUCUACGGCUUCUUCAACGAGAACUUCCGGAGAGGUUUUCAGGCCGUGUUUAAGUUCAGCCUGUGUGCCGCCGACGGCCAGCGGAGGAAAAGCUACUCUCACAGGCUGCAGGGAAACUCCGUGCUCCCGGCCAACAACAUUCCCAGCUCCCUGGAGCCCAUUUCUCUGGACAACCUGGAUAAAAACGUCUCCAGGCGACUCAACCACAUUACUGGGCGGGACCUGGUCAUGGAGGGCCUGGAAAAGGGAUCCUGCAGCAGCGGCGAUGUGACCGCCGUGUCGAUCUGAGGGACAGGGAUGGUAAACUCUGCUGUGCCUGAACAACACACCUCAACAGGUUUAGGUUCUUCGUCACAUUUAAAGCCUCGAUAACGGAGUUUGGAUUGUAGCCAACGAGGUCUUCACUGGGAUCGUCGGUUCUGGUCCCAGAAACUUCACUUUGGAGCAAAAUGGAACACAUACCUGCCGAGCUCAUUUCCACAGUCUGAUUACAGUUGUGACUGAACUCCACGUCUGUGAGUCAGAUGGUAAAGCGAUUUAACCCUCUCAGGCUCAAUGAAGUUUUGAUUAAAGGACGAACAACUAAGUCCUUCAGGGGUGCAUGAGAUACGUAUGUGGAGUGACCAGGUAGGUAGGUUUUAACCUGCCUGCCUCCAGAGGGUUAAAAAGGAAAAACGAGUCAGACUUGGCUGAAUCAAAAGAAACUGAUUUGAUGAUUUCAUGUUUUUUUAAGAUUCACUUCAGCCUUUCGGUCACUUAGGUCCUCAUUCCUCCUCAGAUGCAUGAAUGGUUCAGAGUUUUACUGAUAUAUUCUAAACUUUGUUACCACGAGUCGCUCCUGGGACGUAAAAAAGUAGAAAAAACCGGCAUUUUCAAGUCAAAUUAUUUUAUUAUAUUUUGUUAAACCUUGAUCGGAAUAUCCAAUGGUAAAUGGUGAAUGGCCUGUAUUUGAUAUAGCGCCUUCUAGAGUCCUGGAACCCCCAAGGCGCUUUACAACACAAUCAGUCAUUCACCCAUGCUUUCGUUCUUUUUUAAACACAGAAACAGUUUUGUUUACCUGUUUGUAGCUACGGUUUCGCCGACAGCUGCCGGCUUCUUCAGGCUGACGCUGAUGGUGGCACGUCACUUCCUUCUCCGUUUAUCUGCGGGCAGCAGAGGACGUUGUCGCCCUCUACUGCCCGCUCUCCCCUCUCCGACGAUGCAGUCCCAAACCGUAGCUACAAACAGGUAAACAAAACUGUUUCUGUGUUUAAAAAAGAACGAAAGCAUGGAUUUACAAAGACACAGCAAGAACACACCUAAGAAGUCAUUCACCCAUUCACACACACAUUCACACACUGGUGGGGAUGAGCUACGAUGUAGCCACAGCUGCCCUGGGGCGCACUGACAGAGGCGAGGCUGCCGAGCACUGGCGCCACCGGUCCCUCCGACCACCACCAGCAGGCAAGGUGAGUUAAGUGUCUUGCCCAAGGACACAACGACAGCGACAGACUGAGCGGGACUCGAACCUGCAACCUUCCAAUCACGGGGCGAGCAUUUAACUCCUGUGCCACCGUCGCCCCAAAGCAUCCAAAGCGACCCCACAGGUUGUGCAGUAGAAGCAAAGCAUGAUGGGAACAUCCUUUCAUCAGCUAAUUACUUCCAACAACACAACACACUGAUCUUUUUUUUCCCACUGAAACCACAAAAAGUGUUUUUUAAAAAAUUAAAGGUGCAGUAUGUAAGAAUAUAGUGAGAAUUUUACAGUCAUUAAAUCCUAAAAGAGUCGGAUGUUUCAGCCAUGCUGGAAGGAAGGUUCUACUGAAACAUGUUUCAUACCCACCUGGCUUCCGGAUUGUCAGUUUUUCUCCUUUCAAAACAAAGGAAGGAGGGACGUAACGACAGUUUACCAUCAGUGAGCGUGUGUUGCAAUUAGACGGCAGCCGACAAAAAAACGCCAGCGUUGUUUGAAGUGGUUGCAGUAACCACAUUUCUACAUAAUGCACAUUUAAAUGGGCAUAAAUGAGUCACGCUCCUCCAAAUAAUGAAUAAAUGUCCUCAAAACCCCCAAAUAAAUGAUCAAACAACCAGAUUCAGUGACCAAACUUCACUUUCACACAUUUAACUAAACAUCACAUUCUAGCAGAACAGCAGCUCUGCAGGCAAUGCCUGAACCAUUAAUGGUCUUUGUUGCUCAGCUUAAAAACGUUUGCGCUGCAGACGAAGCUAACGGCGUUUUAUUUUCAUUCUGAAAUCUGCUCUGCAAACAGAGAAGUGUAAAUACUCUCAAUUAUUACCGACAUCCUCUGAGCAUGUUUUGAUUAUGGAGUUUUUAUUUUUUUAUAUCUGUAUAAACUCAACUCAAUCUUUAUUUAUACAGCGCUUCACAGGUACAAAGUAACACCAAAGCGCUGUACAGGAAAUUCAAGAGGCUAGUCAACUAAUUAAAAUAAAUUAUUUAAAAGUAGGGCUGGGACUUGAUUAACAUUUUUAAUCUAAUUAUAGGCAUUGUAAUUAAUUAAUCUAAAUUAAUCGCAUUUUAAUCAUUCAGGAAAAUGUGCUCUCAAAGCAAAAUAAAAUUAUGAGACAGAAAAGCAAACAUUAGACAUGGUUAUUACUGUAAACUAAAGCUUCUAAUAAAAAAUACUUUGCAAUUAUUCAAAUGUCACUGUGUGAUAUGAAACAAGACCCAAAUCAACUAAAAUUUAUAAUUACUAAAAGAAAACACCUGCAAAGGGUUCCUGAGCCUUUAAAUAGUCUCUCUGUCUAGUUGAAUGACUGAAAUAAAUUUGACUUUGCACCAGAUUCUAAUUUUUCCAGUUUCACUUGUUUGUAUAAUUGGGAGUUUUUAUUAGCAUUUCUACUCAUAAUGUAGUAAAAACACAUAAAUAAUAAUCCUUCAAAAUGACAGUAGAACAGGCACAAAUAUGAUCUAGGACUUAAAUGUACUAACUAUUAACACCAGAGCAGGCGUGGCAUAUUCUGAGAAUGAUCAGGAACACUAACUGUUUCCAGUUGGAUGACUGGAGGAUGAUGGGAUGAUAAAAGAUCAUGGCGAGGAAAUAAUGAUCUGACGAACAGGUGAGCGGACCUUCCUUACACGGGAAGUCCUGAUGUCACGUUAAGAAGGGGAUGCUGCAGACCCGCAGAUUCACACCUGUUGCAGUGAAUCUGGUGUGAUCUCCAGCCUGAUCACAACUUCCUCGUUCCUCGCUGCCCCUGAUACACUUAAGCAUCCGCCCCUUAGCUGAUCACAGCUUCAACACACCUAGCUGCUUAAUGAUAGUAAUGCAUGUGAUGUUUAGACAGAGACUCGUCUCCGAAACAUAGAAUUCCCCGACAGAAUUGUUUAGAAAAUCAUCAGAAAAGUUUCAGAGUGUUUCUGUUUUAACUUAAACUUCUGUUUUCAACUUUAAGACACGUUGUUUGUUUUUGUUUACAGAGUAGUGAGAACACGGAGCGUUCUCCCAGCGGCAGCCAGGUGCCUCUCGUUUGUCUGACUACCUUCAUAAACUACUGUUAGGGCACAGAAUUAUUCUGUCUGGUGCUUUCAGCGCUGCACAGAUGUUACAUAAAUGUUAAAAAUAUAGCUUACCGCUACUUUUGUAAAGUUUCCGGUGCCACCGGGAAGCCGCAGCAGAGACGAUCUCUGAAAAAUGUCCGCGACACAGACUCCGUUGUUGUCUGCAAUUUUUGUUUUUUCAAGUUAAGAGGUGGGCGUGUUUCCUAAAUCCUGCAUCAGUCCAAGCAAGGCAACCUCUUUCUGUUUUUAUUCCGUUUUAGUAGCCAUUAGCACUGUGCAUUGUUGUGUGCGUCAAUGAUAUUCAGUCUACGAGGAAGUCGUGCAAUGACAAAGGUUCCGCCGUGCUUGAAAUGCAAGCUGCGAUUAAAUGCGUGAAUUUUUUUUACGCGUCAUUUUUUCUAAUUAAUUAAUCAUAAUUAACAUGCUAAGGUCCCGGUCCUAUUUAAAAUAAAACAGAGUAAAAGAAAUGAGUACACACUAAAACAAGCUGUUUAAAAAUUACAAUAGAAAGGAAAGGCCAAGUCAUAAAAACAUCAGCAUAAACUUUCAAAACUGCCACUAAAGUGGAAGCCCUCACAGAGAAAACGACCUGCCUCGCGUCUUUAAAGAUGUUCUGGGCACAGAGAGCAGCAGACUCUGAGCCAAGUGCCCAUGCCGGGGUUAAUGGUCAUAACAGACUGCAAGUAAGACGGAGCUGAACCGUUCGAUGAUUUAAAAAUCAAUCAAGAGAUCUUAAAACAAACUCUAAACUUAACAGGCAGCCAAUGCAGGUCAUCCAGGACCGGAGUUACGUGGUCAAACUUCAUUUUAUCCAAUAGAAAUUUGGCAGUCGCGUUUUGCACAAGUUGUAACCUCACUAAGAUGACUUUCUUCAUUCCGUAUAAAACCAAGUUCCAAUAAUCAAUGCAGGUUGUAAUAAAAGCAUGAACUACUGCCUCCAGAUCAUGUCGUGUCAGGAAUGGUUUCACUUUUGCCAAACGUAAAAGAGGAGGAGACAACUCCGUUUACAUGUGCAUCAAACCCUAACGCAGCAUCAAUUUUUAUCCCAACGCUAACAACUGAUGCCUUUACCUGGGAAUUGAAUGCUCCAAAGUGAAGUGGCGCCAAUACAGCCACUUGGCCCAAAUAUAAUUGCCUGUCUUUUCUUCAUUGAGGCACAAAAUAAAUUUGUAUGUUGAAGCAAAGAAACCACUAAAACGAGCUGGAUAUUAGCCCUCCAGGACCAGAAUUGAAUAUCUCUGCUGUGCAAGAAGGCAUAAAAUAAUACCACCUUAAACAUCUGUAGUCCGAUGAUGCCACCUUAAACAUCUGUGGUCCGAUGAUGCCACCUUAACAUCAUCCCUAACCCUAACCCUGGUGUUCAUAGCGUUUAUGAAUCCACACUUCAGACAUUUUACGCAGAAAUGUUCUGUUAGCUGUGGUUCUUAAAUAUUUAUAUUGGCCCAAAUGAAAACAUCUGUAUCAGUCAUAACGCAUAAAUAAUAAUAAUAAUCAUCAGCAGCUUCAUUAACACAAAUAUUUACUCAAACUGAUAAAACACUUUGGAGGAUUUGAUGAAUCAUGAAGAUGAAAAAAGUGAAGAUCAGAGAGACAGACAGGCAGAGACAGGCAGACAGAGAAAGAGACAGACAGAGACAGAGAGAGAGAGACAGACAGACAGACAGAGACAGGCAGACAGAGAGAGAGAGAGAGAGAGAGAGAGAGACA